UCCCCUGAGAUUAACUGGGACCUAGAUCCUAACAGAAUCUACGUAAAGAACCUGCCCGAAGCUAUGAACGAGUGUGAUCUGCGUGCCUAUCUCUCCAAAUUUGGCCUGAUCACUGAAGUCUUCGGGCCAAAGGACAAGAUGGGUUCGGCUUCUGUUCGCCGCGGCUUCGUCACCUUCCUUGAAACGGACUCAGUAAGACGCGUGCUUGCGGUCCAGCCGCACCUGUUAUGCGACCAGCACGUGGUUGUCCGCUUAGCAAGGAGAACACAGGACAACGAUAUCCUCGUCACAGACAGAGCGGACGAUGACCUCUCCCAGUCUGAUGAGGACAAUGACUCUACUCUCGCCUCCUAUGAUCCCACAAUAUUUAUCGGCCAUUUGAAAAAGGAAAUUACGACACCGCACCUGGAAGCGUACUUUUCUCAAUUCGGCAGGGUGUCGAAAGCCGUGGUAGUACGCGAUUGGGCAACUGGCAUUUCUCGCGGCUACGGCUUUGUUACUUUUGCUGACUGCAGGGCUUUCAACCGGGGCGUACUAAAGGCCUGUCACUUCCUCCAUGGUUGCCGCCUCAGCGUCCAGCUUUCAGUUAACCGUGUUCCGUCUCGUGUCGACCCCGGUCAAACAUCGUUCCAGUUGAAGUGCUGUUUCUUCGAUUCAUUUUUGAUUUUCCGUUCUGCUUUUUUUCGUGCUUAUCAUGGUUGCUUUUCUAUCAAAAGUCAAGCUUUCGAUCAGUGA